AUGUUGACUUCUGAGAAAAGUGCAAUUUUCAUUGCGCUGCUGUAUAUGAGCUUUCUUGUGACCCAUGCAUGUGACACUGCAACUGGUGUGAGAUUUGGUUACAGUGGAAAAACUGGUCCGAAGCAUUGGGGGAGCUUAAGUCCUAAUUUCACACUUUGCUCAAAAGGAAUCUACCAGUCUCCAAUUGACAUUGUGAAAGAUUUUGCGGUCCACAACCCGAAAAUGGAGCCCCUCGAAAGGGAUUAUACUGCUGCAAAUGUUACAAUGGUUGACAACGUCUUCAACAUUGCGCUGAGAUAUAAUGACACUUCUGGGGCUGUCAAGGUUGACGGAAAGAAGUAUAAACUGAAGCAAUUGCAUUGGCACUCUCCCUCAGAGCACACGAUCAAUGGCCAAAGAUUUGCGGUGGAGCUCCACAUGGUUCACUACGCUGAUGAUGGCAAUGUAACUGUUGUGUCAAUCCUUUAUCGGUACGGGAAACCAGAUCCGUUCCUUUUCCAGAUAAACGAUACGCUAGCUGAAUUAUCUGCGGAGGGAUGCAAAGCUGAGAAAGGCGAUCCUCUCCCUGUUGGGGUGGUGAACAUGAAGGAACUAAGACAGGGUGCACAUAGGUAUUUCAGAUAUCUCGGGUCUCUCAGCGCACCUCCAUGCACGGAAGGUGUGAUCUGGAACAUUCUUGGCGAGAUAAGAGAAAUGACAAAGGAGCAGGCUGCUGCUUUGAUGGCUCCUCUGGAGGGGAGUUACAGGCACAACUGCAGGCCGUUACAACCACUGAACGGACGCACCGUGCAGUUCUAUGAGAGGUCACGAAAGCUCUAA